AUGCGCGUACUUGUCAUCAUUGCUACCCUCCUGACCCUGGCCUACGCCGGGCCCGCUCUAGAAGAGAGACAGCAGGGCGUGGGUUGUAAGGAGGUCCACAGCCCAGACACCUGUGGCGCCCAUGGCCUGGUCAAGUGUGACGGCUCGGGUUCUUUUCUCGUCUGCUGCAAUGACGAUUCAUCUAUUGUUAGCAUCGACAAACUUACCGGCCGCAGCUAUUCACGAAGCCAUCCGGGUCAGGCUCACAUAAUCCAAGCAUACUCCCUCUACUACCUAAUAGCAGGCUCUAAGCCCAAGGGACUGCGGAAUACCUGCAAAUCGGAAGUCCGGUCGUGGGUCGCUAAAACCAGCCUCUAA